CCGGCAAUGUCUACAAUAGUGAAUCUAUAUUUGUUUUUUUUUUUUUUUUUUUUGAUAAAAAAUAUGAUAAUAUAUACCUUUUUUAUUAGAAAAAGUUGUGUCUUUUGCCUAUAUUAUUGUUAUUCUUUCACCAAGACUUGGCCGGCAAUGUCUACAAUAGUGAAUCUCAAACUGGGUUGCUUUCAGAAAUGGCGGUGGAGACGGAAACAGGAACAAACGGAAGUUUGGUACUUGCUGUUAAUGGUGAGAGGUUUGAACUUCCAACCAUUGACCCUUCAACCACGUUGCUUGAGUUCUUGCGCUCACACACUCCCUUCAAAAGUGUCAAGCUCAGUUGUGGUGAAGGAGGCUGUGGUGCCUGUGUUGUGCUUCUGUCCAAGUAUGACCCUGUGCUUGACAAAGUAGAGGAUUUUACCAUAAGUUCGUGUUUGACACUACUCUGCAGUAUAAACAGAUGUUCAAUUACAACAUCUGAAGGCCUUGGAAAUAGCAAAAAUGGGUUCCACCCGAUUCACAAAAGGUUCUCUGCCUUCCAUGCUUCUCAAUGCGGCUUUUGUACUCCUGGAAUGUGUGUUUCUCUCUUUGGGGCCCUUGUCAAUGCUGAAAAACUCAAUCGGUUGGAGCCCCCUCCAGGGUUCUCCAAGCUUACUGUUUCUGAAGCUGAAGAAGCUGUUGCAGGGAACCUCUGUCGCUGUACUGGUUACCGAUCCAUUGCUGAUGCCUGCAAGAGUCUUGCAGCUGAUGUUGAUAUUGAGGAUUUGGGGUUAAAUUCAUUUUGGAGAAAGGGAGAGAGUAAGGAAGUAAAGAUAAGUAAGUUACCUUUCUAUAACCGUGAUGACAAGUUUUGUACCUUUCCAGAGUUCUUAAAGAAGGAAAUCAGGUCUGGCAUCUUUUUGGAUUCUAACAAAUAUAAUUGGUAUAGUCCUGCUAGUGUUGAGGAGCUUCAAAGCUUAUUGAAAGUUAAUGAUAUUCGCAAAGGGUGUGAGAAUAAAAUAGUAGUUAGUAACACAGGAAUGGGAUAUUACAAGGAAGUAGAAAGUUAUGACAGAUAUAUUGAUCUGAAACAUAUUCCUGAACUCUCAAUACUCAGAUUUGAUCAAACAGGAGUUGAGAUUGGAGCAGCUGUAACAAUCUCUAAAGUUAUUGAAACUUUGAAGACUGAAAACAAGCAUCAGUUUCUUCCUACGGAUGAGAUUGUGUUAAAUAAACUUGCCAACCAUAUGGAGAAAAUUGCUUCAGGGUUCAUCAGAAAUACAGCUAGUGUGGGCGGAAAUUUGGUGAUGGCACAAAGAAAACAUUUUCCUUCAGAUAUUGCUACCAUACUUCUUGCUGUAGGUUCAACAGUAGAUAUAAUGAGUGGUUACCAGUUUGAAAGAAUUACAUUGGAGGAGUUUCUAGAAAGGCCUCCAUUAGAUUUUAAUAGCAUACUUAUAAAUGUUAAAAUCCCAAAUUGGGCAUCAAUAAGGAAAGUUUCUCCAGAAAACAAUACUACCUUGCUGUUUGAAACCUAUCGAGCUGCACCCAGACCUCUGGGAAAUGCAUUGCCUUAUUUAAAUGCUGCCUUCUUAGCUGAAGUUUCUCCAUGUAAGACCUCUGAAGGAAUCAUGGUGAAUCACUGUCAGUUGGCUUUUGGUGCUUAUGGGACGAAACAUGCUAUUAGGGCAGGAAGGAUUGAGGAAUUUUUAAAAGGAAAAUUGUUAAGUGAUGAUGUUUUAUAUGAAGCUAUCAAAUUAGUUAGAACUAUUGUGGUUCCAGAAGAUGGCACUGCAUAUCCUGCUUAUAGAUCAAGCUUGGCUGCUGGUUUUCUUUUUGAGUUCUUUAGCUCCCUGAUAGAUGGUGGUGCUGAAAUUACCAAUAGUUUCUUGGAUGGAUCUGGUAGUACUUCAUUGCUUAAACAUUCUAAACCAGAACAGAAAGAUGACCAAUAUUACCAGAAGAAGGUUUCAAAAAUGCUUUCAUCUUCAAAACAGGCUCUGGAAUUAAGCAAAAGGCACUAUCCAGUUGGUGAGCCCGUUACAAAAACUGGGGCUGUUGUCCAAGCUUCAGGUGAAGCAGUAUAUGUAGAUGAUAUACCUUCCCCUGUGAAUUGCUUACAUGGAGCUUUCAUUUACAGCACAAAGCCUUCUGCAUGGGUGAAGAGUAUAGAAAUCAACCCAAAAUCAAAUCCAGGUGGAAUUGCAGCAGUUUUAUCUUUUAAGGACAUCCCUGAACGUGGGGAGAAUGUCGGGGCAAAGUCCGUGUUUGGUACUGAACCAUUGUUUGCUGAAGAUGUUACUCAGUGUGCUGGUCAGCGUCUUGCCUUUGUGGUUGCAGAUACACAGAAACAUGCAGAUAGGGCUGCAAACUGUGCAGUGGUUGAAUAUGGAAUGGAAGAUCUAGAGCCACCUAUUUUAUCUGUUGAAGAGGCUGUUAAAAGAUCUAGUUUCUUUGAUGUUCCUCCAAUUCUUUACCCAAAACCAGUUGGUGAUAUAUCGAAGGGAAUGGCUGAAGCUGAUCACAAGAUUAUUUCUGCUGAGAUCAAACUUGGUUCUCAAUACUAUUUCUAUAUGGAGUCACAAACUGCCCUUGCAAUUCCAGAUGAAGACAACUGCAUCAUGGUUUAUAGUUCAAUUCAGUGUCCUGAAUCUGCACAAAUCGUUAUAGCAAAGUGUCUGGGUAUACCUGAACAUAAUGUCCGUGUGAUUACAAGAAGAGUUGGAGGUGGCUUUGGGGGAAAAGCCAUACGUGCCAUGCCUAUUGCAACAGCAUGUGCACUUGCAGCACACAAAUUACACCGCCCUGUCCGGAUGUAUCUGAAUCGCAAGACUGAUAUGAUAGUGACAGGAGGAAGGCAUCCCAUGAAAAUAACUUACACUGUUGGAUUCAAAUCUGAUGGAAAGAUUACAGCUUUACAACUAGAUAUAUUGAUUAAUUCAGGGUUUUCACCAGACAUAAGCCCAGUUAUGCCGCACAAUAUAUUCAGUGCACUUAAGAAGUAUAAUUGGGGUGCUCUAUCUUUUGACAUAAAGGUAUGCAAAACAAACCUCACAAGUAAAUCUGCAAUGCGGGCCCCUGGAGAGGUACAAGGAUCAUUUAUUGCUGAAGCUAUAAUUGAACAUGUGGCAUCAACCCUUUUACUGGAAGUUGAUUCUGUCAGAAAUGCAAAUCUUCACACGUAUGACAGCCUUAAAUUAUUCUAUAAGGAAAGUGCUGGUGAAUCUCUUGAAUAUACUUUACCCUUAAUAUGGGAUAAAGUGGCGGAGUCAUCAAGUUUUAACCAAAGGGUUCAAAUGGUAAAUGAAUCUAAUAGGUGUAAUAAAUGGAAAAAAAGGGGUAUCUCUCGUGUACCAAUUGUGCAUGGAGUGUUAUUGAGGCCAACUCCAGGUAGGGUAAGCAUUUUAAAAGAUGGGUCUGUUGUUGUUGAAGUUGGAGGGAUUGAGCUGGGCCAAGGGCUAUGGACGAAGGUAAAACAGAUGGCUGCUUUUGCUCUUGGUUCAAUCCAAUGUAAUGGAGAUGGAGAUCUCUUGGAUAAAGUGCGAGUUAUACAGGCUGACACAUUGAGCUUAAUCCAAGGGGGUUUUACCGCUGGGAGCACUACGUCAGAAUCAAGCUGUGAGGCAGUUAGACUGUGCUGUAAUAUGCUUGUUGAGAGGCUAACUCCUCUCAAGGAAAAGCUGCAGGAGCAAAUGGGCCCUAUCAAAUGGGAGAUGCUUAUAUUUCAGGCGCACAUGCAAGCUGUGAACUUAUCGGCAAGUUCUUACUAUGCCCCUGAUAUGUUAUCAACUUCAUAUCUAAACUACGGUGCAGCAGUGAGUGAGGUUGAGGUGAAUCUUCUUACUGGAGAAACCACAAUAUUGCAAGUCGAUAUAAUCUACGAUUGUGGACAGAGCCUAAACCCUGCUGUGGAUUUAGGACAGAUUGAGGGAGCUUUUGUUCAAGGAAUUGGGUUUUUCAUGUCUGAAGAAUACCUUACAAAUUCUGAUGGAUUGGUAGUUGCUGAAGGUACAUGGACUUACAAGAUUCCUUCACUGGACACCAUACCUAAACAAUUCAAUGUUGAAAUAUUAAACAGCGGACAUCACGAAAAACGCAUUCUUUCUUCAAAAGCUUCUGGUGAGCCACCAUUACUGCUAGCAGUUUCGGUUCAUGGCGCCACAAGAGCUGCUAUUAAAGAAGCAAGAAAACAGCUGCUUUCAUGGAGCAGCCAAAAUGGGUCGGAGUCAAUAUUCCAGUUGGGUGUUCCUGCUACCAUGCCUGUCGUGAAGGAGCUUUGUGGACUGGACAUGGUGGAGAGGUACCUGGAAUGGAGUUUAGGCAGCAACAAGUGAAGGAGACGAGAAAUUCAAAGGAGCUUCUGUAUUUUUAUAAAAAAAUAAUAUUUAUUUUUAAUUUUUUUGAGAGAGUAUUUAUUUUUAAUUUUAAAAUAAUAUAAAUCCAAUAACACGAUAAAACAGAGUUAUUGAUUUUAUAUAUUUAUUUAUUUAUUUUUUUU